AUGGGUAAGUUCAAUGCCCAACAUGCUUCAAGACUUGGAAUAGGUACAAAGGAAGCUUUCCUUUACAGAUUUGCAAGAGGUCCUAUUAUGUUCCACCACCACCCCAGCUAUUCACAACACCAUCCAUCAUCACCAGACAUAAACAAGCACCUUUUUUGCAAGGAGAGUUCACAAGCCGCGCCAACCAAGAUUGAAGUGAUGCUUCAAGAGAUCAUCUACUCCAAGUACAAGAGAGAGAGGAGUCCAACACCCAACCUCCCUCCCUUUUAUUGCAAUGCCAUCACAAGAAGAAGCACAAUCGCCAAGUCCAUGAGGACAAUGAAGAAGAAGAAAGAGAGUAUGAGGAACAACUUGAAUGAUGAAGAUGAAGAGCAGAGCAUCGACAUCAAUGCUUCUCCAAAACAGAGCAAGGAUACACCUAGCCCAAGACCCUCGUUUCUCACCACCACCACGAAGUCAAGCUUCUGA